GGAGUGUGGUGGCACGGUUGUGCCGAAAAUUGGAAGAGAUAUUUUGUGGGGGUGAAGGAAGGUGAGGUGAGAGAGGAUUUUGGAGAGGUUUUGACCCUUUCUUUGUGAUGGGGAACCAGUGGUCGAGAGACCUAAGUUAACUACACAUCCAAUUGCUCUCUCUCUCUCUCUCUCUCUCUCCUGCUAAACCUCCUUAUGAUUCAUGAACAUUUGAUUUGAAGGCCACUCUUCAAUUCCUUAUUCAUUGGGUAAUGGGUUUGAAGCUAAAUGUCAAAUGGGGUUCUCCAGUUCAGUCCCCUUACCAUCUAACCACUUCAUCCUAUUGCCCUUCUUCAUUCUCAUCUAGAAGCAAGGAGACUUCAUAUGACUCAGCAAGGGUGACUUUUGCUUUUGUUAUUUCCUGUCAGAGUGAGGCUUCAUAUAAUGGUCCUUUGAAAGCACAUAGAUGUCCAACUGCUCCUCAAACCUCAGAAAAUGAUUACUCAGAAAUGGAAGACAUAAAGAUGAAUAUUGGCAAGAGGUCCCACGAUGGCUUAAAUAACACGCUUGACGAUAACAUAACAAUGCCCAUGGGAGAUGAUAAGCUGACAUUCCUUGCAAGCUUACAAGCAAGCAGGGCGUCACAAUUUGGUUUAUUAUUGCAAAAUCUUGAUAUGUUGGAAUCAACAUUUGCUGAUUCAGAUGUGGUAAGGUUGGAAAGAGAUAUUAUGGUGCAACUAGAAAGGCUUGGAGCUCUAAAAUUAUUCCAUACCUGUCUGUCCAGGACCCUUAAAUCUUCAACUUUUUCUGACUUCUCUGACUCGCCAACUCAGCUUAUUGGAGAGCUCCAGAAGAAUGACACGGCAGAUGUUCACUCAGGGAAAAUUGUCAUUCCCUCUAGAAAGAAGGAAGAAAGAAAAUCAAGAAGAAAAAGAGCAUCAGAAAAGGUUUCCGGACUGGCAUUUCCAUCAAAAGGCACCCAAAAGGACCAGAAGAAAUCUGCUUUAUCUUCUGUAAAAAGACUAUCAAACUCUAGAAGUAGAAGACUAAAAGUUGCAAAGAACGAGGCUGAAAUGGCAAGAGGGGUUAAGUUGGUCGAAUAUUUGGAAGGAAUCAGAACAGUAUUGGAAGAAGAAACUGGGCAAGUAGCUAGCUUGAGUAGAUGGGCAGAAGCCGCUGGAGUUGAGGAGAAGGUAUUGAAGCAGCAUUUACAUUUUGGUUGGUAUUGUAAGGAUGAGCUUCUGAAAAGCUCACACUCCUUAGUUGUAUACCUUGCAAGAAAUUACAGGGGAAUUGGAGUGGCCUUUGAAGACUUAAUUCAGGCUGGGAAUUUUGGUGUCCUGCAAGGCGCAGUAAGGUUUGACCACACUAGGGGAUACAAAUUCUCAACUUAUGUUCAGUACUGGAUAAGGAAAUCAAUCUCAACGCUGGUCGCACAGCAUGCCAGAGGGAUUCGAAUUCCUUUCACAUUAAACAAGGCAAUAAAUCAGAUACACAAAGCUCGAAAGGCCCUAAGCACAAGCCAGGGGAAAUACCCUGGUGAUGAUGAAAUUGCGAAGUUCACAGGACUAUCCUUGGCGAAAAUUACUUUGGCAAGCAAAUGCUUGAGAGUCGUGGGUUCAAUUGAUCAGAAAGUGGGGGAUUUCAGUGUUAAGUUUAUGGAGCUUACAGCAGAUAAAUCAAUAAAGAGCCCCGAAGAAGCUGUCAUGAGGCAACACAUGAUAAAAGAGAUACAUGGUCUUCUGAAUGGCCUGGGUCUGAGAGAGAGGCAAGUGUUGAUCCUAAGAUUUGGCCUCGGUGAUCACCAGCGCAGGUCGCUUGAGGAAAUCGGGAGACGUUUUUGCGUGAGCAAAGAGUGGAUAAGGAAGAUAGAGAGGACGGCGCUGACAAAACUAAGAGAUGAAGAAACCUGCAGAAAUUUGAGGCAUUAUUUGCACUUAUAGUUUCAGUUAAAAUCCAACAAGCUUCUGCCACCAGCUUUUGGUGAGGAGUUUGGAAUAUCAAAUGUCGUCAAUUUUUUAAUUCAGAGAAUGCCAGAUGAGUCUGUACAGGAGAUUCCAAAAGUGUUUUCGUCUUGGCAAUGUCUGAAGAUUUGAAUUGACUGUUGUGAAUUCCAAACUCAAAACUCUCCGGUUGCUUCCUGAUGAUUAGUGUUCUUGACAAGCUCCCCCAUUGUGCUUCAAGACCUGAUCGGCUCUGCUAUACAAGUCCUUUUGUUUUUUGUUUUUUUCUUUUCCCAUUAAAAAAAUGUCUUCUUCUUUCUUUUCCAUUUUUCUCUGGGGAUGGGGAUGGUAUAGAUUGAAUAUGUCGGCUAUUUUUAUCCUGAAUCGUUGUUGUCAUAUAAUUUUCCAUAACACUCAUCCUCAGAAAUGAAUAUUCAAUAAUGUAUGUAUUAAUGUAUUUGUCUGUACAACGAGAACUCGCAAUUUAUGUGUCUCACACCAUUUGUAGUAGUUCUGAUUCA